GCGGUAACCAUAACAACAGGUAGAGAACGUUUUCCGACAGAAAAUGGCGACGUACACAUGAGGACGUGAAGUAAGAAGUACUCGGCAAUGACAUUUAAGUCAUUACUUAUGUUAUAUUAUUAGGCUGCGUUUCGCUCCUAUUCUGAAUUUAAUGUUUGUGCCGUCUCGGUAGGAGACAUUAUAGAAAGGCGAUGAGUGGAUCUGUGAUUCAAGAGAAGGUUGCUAAACUCUUAAGCAGACAGAAUGGAAAACCCGUACUGAGACCCAUCAAGCCUCUGGCGCUGAAGAAUGAAGUCGCCAGCCGCAAGCUGAAGAAAGGAGAGGCCACCUGUGUAACGGAAAUGUCAUUACUUCUGGCUUGCUGGAAACAGAAUAACUUCAACAACUCGGUCUGCUCUAAAGAAGUCUCAGUCUUCUACACAUGUGUUGAAAAGGCGCAGAACAAGGCCAAAGAAAAGCAGGGAACUCAGGGUCGGCUUUUGCCUAAAGAAGCCAACACCUUAUUAAAACGAUUUCCCAACCUGAGCAGUGAGAUCUAGGACCAGUAACGCAGAUUAGUCAAAGAAUGGACACUUUUAUUAUCUGAGCUCUAUUAGAUGGGGACUUUAGUCUGAGUGUAUGACUGGGCCAGGCAGUUGAUGAGAACGGGAUGUGGAAAGUGUUUUUU